GAAAAACGUACCAACAAUUUGGAUAAGCCACUAUGUUCCUCUGCGCUCCAAUACCCACCUUCCAUCCUCCUAAAAAUAUUAGAAAGUAAUAAUAAUAAAAAAAAAAUGACACUCACACUCGUCCCGACCUCGACCGCCUCCUCGGCCAUCUUCUUCCUAUCUCCAUCGUCCCCCAAGCCUAGACCCGUCCGCAUCAGAUUCAAGCCCCAUGCAUCGUCCUCCUCUAUUCCCGCGCAGACACGUGUCCGUUCGUCACCGUCGUCACACGACACCGGCGUCAUCAUCGUUGGAGCAGGCCUUGCCGGACUCGCUGCGGCGACUCGACUCUGCUCCGAAAACGUCCCGUUCCUUUUACUAGAAGCUUCAGACGAGGUCGGCGGCCGAGUCCGGUCCGAUAUCAUCGGAGAAUUCAUCCUCGACCGCGGGUUUCAAAUCUUCAUCACCUCAUAUCCUGAAGCCAAGAAGCUUCUCGAUUACGAAGCGUUAAAUCUCCAGAAAUUCUACUCCGGAGCCAGGGUUUACUACAACGGCGAAUUCCACACUGUCGCGGACCCCAUUCGUCACUUCGUGGACUCCCUCCAGUCCCUGACGAACCCUAUCGGUUCAAUUCUGGACAAAUUGCUCAUUGCGUCGACGAGACUUGGGGUCCUGACGAAACCAGACGAAGAAAUCUUGACAGCAAAUGAGGUAUCCACGAUGGAGCUUCUGAGAAGCAUCGGAUUUUCUGAUUCGAUAAUCGGGAGAUUCUUCCGGCCAUUCUUUGGAGGAAUUUUCUUCGAUAGCGAUCUCGAAACCACUUCCAGGUUGUUCGAUUUCAUCUUCAAGAGCCUAGCUCUUGGCGAUAACACAAUUCCGGCUAAAGGCAUAGGAGAAAUUCCCAAACAAUUAGCCGAGAAAUUGCCUUCCGACUCGAUUCUCUUCAAUUCCAGAGCCAUCGCCAUCGAUUCCGACGGCUUCGAUUCGCCGGCGGUCAGAUUACAAACGGGAGAAAUCUUGAGAAGUGAGCUGGGAGUUAUAGUGGCGGUAGACAAACCCGAAGCGGAUAAGCUUUUGCGACAAAAUGGGCCCAACCCGGCCCAAAAUAAACCGAGUCGGAGCACGAUAUGUUUGUAUUUCACAGCGGAUCGGGGAGAAAUCCCGGUUCGGGACCCGGUCCUCUUCAUAAACGGGUCGGGCGAAGGCAUCGUGAAUAACAUGUUCUUCGCCACCAACGUGGCACCAUCCUAUGGCCCACCAGACAAAGCUUUAGUCUCCGUAUCACUCAUCGGCACCUUUGAUGGAGUCUCCGAUGAGGAUCUGACGGCUGAGGUUACCCGAGAGCUCUCCAAGUGGUUCAAGGGAUUGUCAUCAACGGUGAGGAAUUGGAAGCACUUGAGGACUUACAGGAUUAAAUAUGCUCAGCCCAAUCAGAGCCCUCCAACUAAUCUAAUGAAAGAUCCCAAGGUUGGGCCCGGCUUGUAUAUAUGUGGUGACCACUUAACGAGUGCCACGUUUGAUGGUGCUUUGGUCUCCGGUCGAAGAGCAGUGGAGGCUUUGCUUAGAGACCGGGCCGUCAUUAGAGUUUAAGACAAAAUAAAAUAUAUAAUAUUAUUUGACUUUUUUUUAAUUAAUUUAUUUUGUUCCUUAAUUUUGUAAGUAUUUGGUGUGAAAAUGAAUGAGAGUGAAGCAUUAAUAACGUUAAUAAAAUUUGUUUUGGAAAUUAA